AUGUCUUCCGAGAAAUUUGCCAGUGUUAGUGAUGUCGACAGUGGUGUUAUUGAUAAAUUAAAAGUUCUUUUAGAGUCUAUUGCAAUUGAUUCUAGUGCUAAAAAUAACCAAGGAUUAUAUGAUUUUCUUCAGAAAGGUUUUGGUACUCAGGCAGUACAAGCUUGGUCAUUUUACGCUCAAGUUAAUAAUUUAAGAGAUUUUGGUAAUUCUUCUAAAGUACUAUGUAAACUUUUGAAAGUAUUGAAUAACACUAAUGUAUUCCAUGAGUUUGGUGAUAAGCUAGUCAACUUAAUUUUGACAAGUUAUAUACAGGUACUUUAUAGAGGGUUAUCGAACCCAACCAUCAGGGUCACUAAACCAAUUUUAGAAUUAAUGAAUGAAAUGAUUAACUUCAAUUUCCAUUCCCAUUUAGAAAGUUUUAUUUCAUAUUUUGAUUUCUCAAUUCCAGGAUUGGGAAGAUUAUUGAUGCCAUCGAAAAAUGAUAUCAGUUCUAAUUUUGAUUCAGAAAAUUCAAGUAAUCGUCUGAAGCUAAGAAGUACUUUUUUGAAGUUCUGGAUUCAAUUAAUUUCUAACUGUCCAGCUCUAUUAAGGAAAGAUUUGAUCACAGACAAUAAUAGAUUCAUGAGUGUUUGGUUGAAAUAUAUGGACAAAGCUGAUGACAUAGAGACUAUUACAAUGACUUUGGAUUUAUUCGAAUCAAAAAUUUUAAAUGAACCUAUUUUCAAAAGAACUACAAAGACCAAGAUUUUAAAUGAGUUUGCUUUAGGCAAGAUACAUUCAUACUAUAACUCUACUAAUAAGGAAUUAGUUAAAAAAACCAAUGAUUUUUUCUUAGCUUAUGCUUGUAAUCCAGGAAGUAAUGUCGCUUUCCCGGACUAUAGUGUUUGGUUUGAUGAAUCCCCUAUUAAUGCUAGCUCUAAUGGUGUGCCAGUAACAGUCAACCAAAAAGAAUUUAACAUCCAUAACAAAUUGUUGUUUAACGUUCUAAAAAGUUUCAAACCAUGGGAAGAUGAUAUGCAAUCUAGUACAGUGAUUAGAAUAUUGGAGCAUGUUCCAGAAUUAGUGGCUCCAUAUUGUAAUAUGCUGGCUACACAAGGUAGUCACGACCCAAAAAUGUCUUCAUAUUGGUUUGGUAUGACUUUAUUGUUAGGUAGAAUCAUUAAUUUAAAAAUUCCAGAGUUUAUGGAGACCAUUGAAACUAACAUGGUUCCAAAAACAUCUUUAGUGAUAGAAAAUAUAAUCCCAUCUAGCAUUACAAAAUCUGCAUUAACUAAUUCACUACAGCACGAAUCUAUGUUGAUUAAACAAUUAACAACCCAAUUAAUCACUUUUGCAUUCCUAAAGUUAGAGAAGAUCUUGGACCUAUAUGAUCGUAAAGGUUGGCAAUCUUCUAAAGUUGUCCUUUCCAAUGCCUUUUACUCACAUUUGCCGGACUUAACUAUUAUUACUUCAGUAUUAAACCAAGUAUAUUCUACAGCUAAGGAAAAUAAGAUUUUAUCUCUAUCAUUAACUGAAAUUUUAAAGCAUUAUAGUAAAUUUUAUCCAAACUUUUUUAAUAUGAAACUUUCCGUUGAUAACAUAUAUUCAGAUGUUAUGAAAAGUAAUACUUUUGUAGGUAUUAAUUUGGCAAUUUUAGAAGGAUUCUUGCAAUUCCAAGAAUAUAGUGAUUCUAAAAUAAAAUGGUGGAGCUCGACCGAUGAUUCUAAUUCUCUAUUCACUUCUCUUUUAAAACUAGCUUCCUCUAAGGAUUGCAACACAUCAGUUUCUCACAAAAUUGUCGCUUUACUAGAUAGGUUAUUGCAUAUAACUAUUUUCUUCAAUAAGCAUCCAUGUAGUCCAAUAUAUGCUUUGGUAAAUUCGCUUCAAGUGCUAUCGCAAACAGAAGAUAAACAUUCACUCCAGAAACUAUGGAAAUUACUAGAUAAUACUAUUGCACGUUGUGUCAAGACGCCUUAUAAAUAUUAUGAUAUCUCUCAAGAUUAUGAAAAUAUAUCCCCAUUUGUUAUUGUUUUAUUGCAACAAUGGAAUUUUGUUGAAGAUAAAGAAAAUUCCUUAAUAUUACAAAAGUGGUUGUGUAUUUUCUUAAAAUAUAUGGUCUCAUUGGGUGAAUCUCAAAUUGGUAUUAAAAAAGCCUGUGAAACAUUAUCUGAAGGAAUAAAGGAAGAAGUUAGAUUUGUAUACUUACACUUUGAUAAUUACGACAAUCAUAUUUCAGUAUUAAUAAAAGACGAAUGGUUAUUACAUUCAAUGUUAGAUUCUUCUUUCUACUCAUACGCUUUAUUGUCACCUAUCAAAAAGUUAAAUAAAAUUGUUCGUGUACCAGUAGAUGAUUUUGAUGCAAUUGGUGUUAUUUUCAAACUAAAAUUGUUGAUAGAUGAUAAUAGCAUCAAGGUUGAUAAGACUUAUAAGAAUGCUGUGGAGCUAUUGGUUCUGAAAUUAGCUUCGUAUGUUGACGUUAGCGGUAAAAUAGAUUUAAUUAAUACUUCAAUUAUUUUACCGAUGUUUGAUAAAUUAAAUGAGAAAGAGGUGUCUACAAUUUCUAAACAAAAAGGUUCAUAUACUCUUUUAACGAUAAUCGAUAAUACUAUGGGAAUUGGUUUAAUUAACACCUCAUUUAAGGAUAUGUUAUCUGAUUAUCUGAAUAGGGUUAUUUCUAAUUUAGAAAAAUCAGAUGAGUCUCGAAAGCAAUUAGAAAAUGCGUUGAUUUCUUGUAUGGACACUUCAUCUGUUACUGAAUUAACUAGAGAGAAUUUCAACUUUUCAAAAGACUCAGCUUUGAUAUUUUUGAAUAAAUUGAACAGAUCUACUUUAAAUCUAGACAAUAAUAUUUUCCUGCAUUUUAUGACGUUCAAGGAUGUCGAAAUUCUUGAGAAUCUUAUAAAAUUCUUCCAGGAUUCCAGAAUUGAAAAUUUCAAAGAUAAUCUAUUUCUGGAGUCUGUAAUCACCAGUGAUAUAUUUUGCAAUAUUCUUGAUGCAUACAUGAGAUCAUCGUAUUUUUCUUCACAAAGCAUUUUAAAUAUAUUACAAAAAUUAGAAACUAAUGAAAAACUAUCCAUUUCAAUUGCAAUAAGUAUAUCAUUAAUUGAUUGUAAGGAAUUAACUGCUUUCAAAGAGAAAAACAUUGAAUAUUGCAUAUCUAAAUUUGGAUCUGAUUCGUUUUGCUAUAGUGAGGAUGCUCUGAAAUUAUUCAAUGCAUCUCCACUUUCACUUUCCAAGGAAAAUAUUACAAAAAUUCAGAACUAUUUGGUAUCCAAUUAUCCUAACAAGUAUAAAGCUCCAACCAUUGAGUUUAUGAGAUUGUCUAAUAACUGGGAUUCAGAAAAUGUCAAACUGUGGCUGAAUAAGCUUGUUCUGUACAUUACAAAAUCUGUAUCAGAGAAGUCUAAAUUAUCCGAAGGUUUUAAAUUAACAUUAUCUCAAUAUCAGGAGCUAUUAAAAGUUACUCCUAUUUGGGAACUUGUUAAUAAUAACUUUUUAAAUUCACAAUUGGAAGCAUUUUUUAAUAGUGCUUUCGUUAAAGAUAAUUUUGUAUUAAAGACAGUUUUAAUAAUCUUAUCAAGCUCCGGUUCGAAGUCAGUUGAGAGUGGUAAAUUCAUGCAACAAAUUUUGAACAAUGAAAGCAUUACAAUUAAUACUAACAGUGAUGAGGAGGAAGAAGCUUCUUUCUUAACAGUCUCAGUAAUUUACCUUCUAUUUAAAUCAGAUGAAACUGCCAACUCUACUAGAUUUGUCCAAGAAAAAUUGCUAGAACAGUACAAUGGUACAAUUGAUGUUAAAGAUGAGAUGAUUUUAAAUAUAUUGGAAAAUAUUGAGUCUAAAACUUCUACUUCCUGGACUAAUUAUAUUUACGCUUGGGAAUUCUUGGAUGACUUAGAUGAGGAUUCUAUGGAGUUAAUUGGUGAAAUUAAAAUGGUAACGAGACAGAGAGAAGGCCUUGUAGUCACUUUGAAAAAAGAUUUAGUCCAGAAAACUAUCAAGUCAUAUUGUAUGGAAAGACCCGAAAUACCGGAGAUCCAUAAUAAAAGCUGUGUUGAAACUUGGGAAUCUUUCGAGACAUCUCACAAAUCCUCAUUAAGGUUAAAAGAGAAGGCUUCCAUUUAUAAUCCAAUGUUUUUGUUACUUUUAAUCAUUCAAAAUGAGGAGCUUGUUCACCAAACCACAGUAGAAGAGAACACAAUAUUUAAAUUUGAGGUAAAGAAACUGUUUUCAUCCAAACUUUUACAAUUUAUUAUUUGUGCAUUGGGUGACAAAAAUGUUAAUGUUUCAAACAUUGCAUUAAGUUUAAUUAAGGGCAUGUUAAUUUCUUUAGAAGAUAGUCUACAAUUCAAAGAAGGUAUCAUUUUUAAGAUUUUAUUUAAGAGAAUCGCUUACACAUUUGAAAUGAUCAAAGCGAACACAAAUGAAAAGAUUAAAAUGCCAGCCCCUCUUGUAUGGUUUGUGAUUUCGUAUAUAGUAGAAAUUCUAAUGAUGCCUUUAUCACCUUUGCAUGAAAAAUGUUACAAAUGGGUCUUAAAUGGUCACUACAUUCGUUAUACUGAAAUUCCUCUAUUACAAGAAUUGAUGGACCCAACAACCAAGACCUCUGAUAGAUCGAUUGAUUACGAGCACUACUAUAAACAUUUAUCAUGGAUGUUGGCCAUUCUUGAAACUAGCAUCAACACUGAAAAUGAUGUUAAUUUGUUGAAAGGUAAAGGUGUGUUUGAAUGGUUGAUGAAUACAAUGUCAUCGUCAUACUUAAAUAGUAAGCUGAAGUCAAUGAUCCUCUCUAUUUUUUUCAAAGUUGAAAGAAUAAACAAUGGUGGUUCAACAUUGAUGACUAGAUACGCAGCUUUAUCGACUUUAGAGAUCGCUAGACAAAAUGUUUCACUAAAUCUAGCUAGCGAAAACAAAAUGUUAGAGAAAAACUCAAAGAACAAAAUUAUAAUGAAGAAAUCAUUGGUCCUAAAGGAAAAUGAACUGAACAUAGAAGAAGUGUUACAAAGUUUUGCGAUCCUGAUUGACUCUCAAAAGAGACUGGCAACUUGGGUAUCUAACGACCACGAGAACUUGGUCAAGAGAAUACGUAAAUGA